AUGCAGCUGGACAUGGGCAGUGCCGUGGGCCUGAGGGAUGGCUUCAAGCCCUUGGCCAAGUUCCUGGAGGAUGCCAAGCACUUCUAUGCCAGCGAGGGCUUCACCGUUGACUUCAAGAACCCCGCAGAGGCCGCCACUGAGAUCAACAAGUUCAUCGCCAUUAAGACCCAGGAAAAGAUCACGGACCUGGUGAAGGAUCUGGACCCUGAUACGGCCAUGGUGCUCAUCAACUACGUCUUCUUCAGAGGUAGGAGGACACUGUAGUAGGACAGAACGGUCGUGCACUUAUUGUUUGCUUUUAGAACAAUGAUAGAAUAGACUUGACUGACUGACUGACUCAUUGUCUGGUUUCCACACAUGGUAAACAGAAUAUGUGUCAAUAAAGAAUUAAAAGAAAAUGUAUGUGCAGGACAAAAUAACAAAAAAACAAAAAAGAAUUAGGCUUGUAACAUUUAUUAUUUUUCGACUUCCCCGUGUUAAUUACCCCUUAGUAACAAUUUCCUCUAUCUCCCCAAGGAAGUUGGAUAAGUUAUUCAAUGUCACGCAGACCCACAAGUCUGACUUCCAGGUGGACGAGAACACCAAGGUCAAUGUUAACAUGAUGAAGAGGACGGGUCUUUAUGAGUUGUACCAGGAUAACUUCACCAUCGUGGUCAUGCUGCCUUACAAAGGCAACUCCUCCAUGAUGGUGGUCCUGCCCGACAAGGGCAAGAUGGCGCAUGUGGAGGCCUUCAUUAUCAACAAGGACUAUCUGAAGCAUGUGCAUGAGAACCUGUGA